AUGCAAAAAUCACUCUUAAUCUCGCUCCUCAUCUUUACUGCCAACCUGAUGAUCAGUGUUGAAUGCCAGGCGGCAGGCAACCUGUCAGGCACUUACGAUGUCGGUACUUUGACACCGCUGCAACGCCCGGAGGCGUAUGGCAACAAUCUGUUUCUGACCGAAGAAGAGGCUGCGGUUUACGCCCAGCGGAUCCAAGCUAGAGUUGCCCAGGACGCAGCUGACAGCGACCCCAAUCGCGACGCACCCGAAAAAGGUGGCAACGUUGGCGGUUACAAUUUCUUCUGGCUGGAUGUGGGUACUGGCGCAGCCAGCGUUGAUGGGAAAUUCAGAACAUCAAUCAUUACCACGCCAGCUAAUGGUCGAAUACCUGCCAUGACCCCUUACGGCGCCGCUCGCUUAAAAGGGUUUUUAGACAACUGGCAGAUCAUCUGGCGCAGCCCCGACCCGACGGCCAGCAAAAACUCUGGCGAAGCCUGGUGGCUUGAAGAAGAAAGUGGACCCUAUGACAACCUGGAACAAAGACCCCUGGCUGAACGUUGCAUCAUCGGCUCGCGCUCCACUGCCGGCCCACCGAUGCUGCCCAACAUCUACAACAACCAUAAACGCAUCAUCCAGACACCGGAUCACAUCAUGAUCCUCACCGAAAUGAAUCACGAUGCUCGCGUCAUCCGCAUGAACGCAACCCACCGUCCCGAUAAUAUAAGAACCUGGUUAGGUGACAGUAUCGGCCAUUGGGAAGGUGAAACCCUGGUCAUCGAGACAAAAAAUUUCAAACAGACACCAGCGUUAUCCGGUGCGGAUGAAAACCUUCGGGUCACAGAGUACCUCAGCCGCACAGAUGAUGGCGGCCUGUUGUACCGGUUCGAAGUCAACAAUCCGGAAAUCUGGACACAACCCUGGGGUGGUGAGUACCCGUGGGCAGCAGCUGAUGGCAAGGUUUACGAAGUUGCGUGUCAUGAAGGUAACUAUGCCUUGGGGAAUAUCAUGCGUGGCGCACGCGUGCUGGAAGCAGAUGCCAGGGCAGCCCAACUGGAACCGAUCCAACCAUGUUUAAGUCCGCGAGAACACGUGGCGUCUAAUUCCUCGGAUACCUCGGAUGCAGCCUGGGUAUUCGGCUAUGGCUCGCUGAUCUGGCGGCCUGGCUUCGAGUACCUGCACGCACAACCGGCAAUACUGCCUGGCUACACACGACGGUUCUGGCAGGGUUCACACGAUCAUCGCGGUGUACCGGAACAACCCGGACGCGUGGUUACCCUGAUUCCGGAAGCAAACGCGCGCUGUCUGGGCAUGGCCUAUCUGCUACCUCAGCAAACGGUCACCGCCACCUUUGAGCAACUCGACCAUCGGGAAAAGAACGGUUACAGCCGCAUCAACAGCCAGCUGCACCUGAACGACGGCAACCGGGUUGAAGGCCUGGUAUACAUUGCCACCGAAGGUAACUUUGCUUACCUUGGUGAAGCGCCAUUGCAUGAAAUUGCCCGCCAGAUUAUCCGCAGUCGCGGCCCCAGCGGUCACAACCUUGAGUAUCUGCAGGAACUUGCCGAGGCACUGAGGCAACUGGGUGCCGACGACCCACACGUGUUCGAGUUAGCGGCGGCUUUCUGUCCGGGUAUAUUUCUGGACUACGAGCACAAUAUGACCUGGCACAAAAUCCUGUACAAGCAGGGCUGGGUGGCACCGGCAUGGCCAAAAGAAUAUGGCGGUACCGGCUGGGACCUCAUGCAACAGUAUAUCUGGACCACUGAAACAAGCCUGGCUGGCACACCCAGCACUGCGCCGAUGGGGCUGGGUAUGUGUGGGCCAAUGCUUAUCGGACACGGCACUCAAGCGCAAAAAGAUUAUUACCUGCCGCGCAUUCUCUCUGGCGAAGAUUACUGGUGUCAGGGUUACUCUGAACCUGCUUCCGGCUCAGAUCUGGCCUCUCUGCAGCUGAAAGCCAGCAGCGACGGUGAUCACCUGGUACUCAACGGCUCAAAAAUAUGGACCACCCAUGCCCACUACGCCAACCGCAUGUUUAUCCUCGUGCGUACAGACGAUACAGGCAAGCCACAACAGGGCAUCACUUUUCUACUGCUGGAUAUGGACCUGCCCGGUAUCAGCGUUGAGCCUAUUUUGUUUGCGUCCGACACCCACGAGGUCAACCAGGUGUUCUUCGACAAUGUCCGCGUGCCUAAGGCAAAUAUUGUUGGGGAAGAGAAUCAGGGAUGGACAGUUGCCAAAUAUCUGCUCGAAUUUGAGCGCGGUGGCGGUGGCGCAGCGCGAUUCAGCGUGGGUUUACAACGCCUGCGGCAUCUCGCUGAACAAACCAACGUUGCCGGUCAGAAGCUUGCUGAUGACGAUGAUUUCAAAAACAAACUCAAUGAAACCGGGGUCAAAAUCGAAGCCCUGCAAUUCACCGAAUUCCGCAUCAUGGCGCAGAUAUCAAAAGGCGGCAGCCCAGGUCCGGAGUCUUCCAUCAUGAAAACCCUGGGCGCCGAUAUGAGCCAGUAUCUAUCCGAACUGAUGGUGGAAGCACUGGGAUUCUACGAGUCGCUGCGUUUCCCCGUUAUUUCAACUAUCGCGCCUCUUCCAUUGCCGGCGGCAGCAAUGAAGUGCAGCGCAAUAUCGUUGCCAAACUGGUACUGGGUUUAUAGGCCCAGGACAUUGAAUCAGACCGCAGCAGACCUGCGCACAGACAACAUUCUCAACGGCCGCGCACUGCCGAUUCUGUUGAAGAUGGCCACACCCAACGCCAUCGCUUUUCUGGUCCAGGCCAGCGUCAGCAUGACUGAAGUCUGGUACGUGGGCCAGUUGGGGACCACGUCGCUGGCUGCCAUGGCGUUUGUGUUCCCCGGUUUGAUGCUGAUGCAGAUGCUCUCCGGUGGCGCAGUGGGUGGCGCAGUCGCCAGUUCUAUUGCCAGAGCCAUGGGCUCAAAGCAAAUCCACCGCGCUCAGGAACUGAUCUGGCACGCACUGUUCAUAGCCGUGUGCGCUGGCUUGUUCUUCGCAGCAAGUUUUGCACUUUUGGGGGAGUCUUUAUUAAUGGCCAUCGGCGCACAGGAUGCGGUGCUGGAUGAGGCUCUGGCUUACGGAUACGUCAUGUUUGGCGGCUGCAUCAGCAUCUGGCUCAUGUCGCUGUUAUCCGGUGUAUUCCGCGGCCUUGGCGAAAUGCGUUUUCCCGCACUGCUGAUGGCCGGCGGCGGCAUCGUUCAGGUGAUAUUGUCCGGCACCCUGGUACUUGGAUGGUUUGGCGCGCCAAAACUGGGCAUUCUUGGUGCCGCGCUUUCAGUGGUCACUGUCGCCACGCUCAACACCUGCAUUGCCGUAAACAAACUAAGCAGUACAACGCUGAGUAUCCAACUCACCCGCUCUGCUGCCAUUCUGAAACCCGAACUGUUUGGCGACAUUUUCAAAGUCGGCGCGCUGGCGUCACUAUCGCCGGUGCUUACGGUGAUGUCCAUCAUGAUUGUUAAUGGCGUGAUCAGCCGUUUCGGCGACGCCGUGGUUGCCGGCUACGGCAUCGGUUCAAGACUUGAGUUCCUGCUGAUCCCGAUGGUGUUUGGAUUCGGCGCUGCCAUGAACACCAUGGUGGGCAUGAAUGUCGGGGCAGGCAAUGUGCGCCGGGCAGAGCAUAUUGCUUUUGUUGGCGGUAGUGCCGCCGCCGCGCUCACAGGCAUUAUCGGCGUGACCCUCGCAGUUUUUCCGGAAGUCUGGGUCAACAUCUUUUCCAACGAUCCGGACACCAUUGCUGCUGGCGCACAGUACCUGCAUUAUUCAGGUUGGGCAUUUGCAUUUCAGGGUCUGGGUUUGUCUUUAUACUUCGCCUCUCAGGGUGCCGGUACUGUCGUGUGGCCGGUCGUCGCAAACUUCAUCAGAUUCGGCAUCGGUGCAGGUGGCGCCGCCCUUGCUGUACUCGUGUUCGACGCGGCAGUGGAAUGGGUUUUCAUCUACCUUGCAUUAGGCAUGGCGCUUUAUGGCAUAGAUGGCCUCGCCAUUAUCAGUCUCAAUCGACCAGAUACCCUUAACGCUCUGAGCCCGAAUAUGUUUGUGGAGCUUCGGGAACACGUGGAUAACAUAGCCGCAGACACAGACAACAUUGGUUGUGUGAUACUCCGUGGCGAAGGCAGAUCUUUUUCUGCGGGAAACGAUCUGAAAGCAAUUCAGGCUGGCGAACGCGCACCCAGCGCGCACUUUCAGGCGGAAACAUUAGAUGCCAUCGAGCAAUUACCACAACCGGUCAUAGCCGCGGUACAGGGACACUGCUACACAGGAUCUCUGGAACUGGCAAUUUCAUGUGACCUGAUGAUUGCCGGCGACUCGGCAAAGUUUGCCGACACCCACGGCAAGUGGGGUAUGUCUCCGACCUGGGGCAUGAGUCAGCGGCUACCUCGGCGCAUUGGCUUGCUGGCCGCAAAAGAAAUGAUGUUUUCCGGCCGUGUUAUCGGCGGAGAAGAAGCCGCAAAUCUGGGGCUGGCCAACCGCUGCGUGCCUGAUGAGGAACUCCUGGAUGCUGCAAUUGAAAUGGCACAAACGUUCCUGGCCAAUUCAUGGUUCACCUUGCGCACCGAUAAAAUGCUGGUUAAUGGUGGCCUGCAGCAUACGCUGGCAGACGGCCUGGCAUUUGAACGUGAAAACAGCCCCGGCGCCGCCCUGCACGUGGCGUCCUUGCGCAACGUCUCGCCAUUCAAUGUGGGUGUCACCCUGAUGCCCUACCCGGCAGACCUGCAGACGAACGGGCCUGCCUAUUCGGCGCGCCUGACCUCGAUCCACAAAGCCAAGCCAUUGUUGAUACGAAUAGCUGCCAUCACGCCGCAACACCCCGACGGUUUCGCCGCGGGUUGA